GCGGGCAAAGUAACAGGGAGAGUCGCGGGGCUCCCCGCCAAGGGGCGCCGGAGGCAGCGCGCAGGCCCGGGGUGCGGGGGCGCCCGGAGCGGAAACACCGCGGCUGGAACGCUGGCUGCAGGGGACGCAGGAGGGGAUCGGCCGGCGCCGGGAAGGUCCGGAUCUCCAGGCAGACCCACCCCUGUCCUGGGAAAAGAACCGCCGCGGAACGCAACGUUUCUUGACUUUCUGAAACCCGGAUUUCCGAGGAAACUUCUGCGAAAGUACAGUAGUUUGGUGACUACUGCGGAGAACGUCAUCUGGUCGCCUAGGAAGCGCCGUGGGAGAAGCCCAUUGAGCUCCCUGAGGAUGACUUUGGGAAUCUUUGAAAAUUGUAUAUUCUACUUGAAAGUCAAACACUUACCUCGUCAACAGAAGAAAAAGCUGCAAACCGAUAUUAAGGAAAACGGUGGAAAGUUUUCCUUUUUAUUAAAUCCUCAGUGCACACAUGUCAUCGUAGACACUGCUGGCGCCCUGAGCCGGUGCCAACUGAACUCCAUCCAAAAGAACGAUGUCCAGAUUGCAAACCCAGAGUUCAUAUGGGACUCCGUCAGACAGCGGAGACUCUUGGAUGUGAAGAGUUAUGACUCAAGGUCGCUGGCUCUCACGCUACCCCCAGAGGAAAAGAGCUGCUCUGAAGUGGAAACAGAAGAUCUAUCUUUGGACAACAACCUAGAGAAUGAAAACACCGAAGUCACCGAGGCUUAUGCAGAGGAUGCUGAAAUGCCUCAUUUUCUUCAAGACUUUGAAGUUGUGAAAUAUGACAUCUUGGAAAAAGUGGGAGUGGACCGAGGCCCUGAGACAGCGGUGGUAGAACUGCAGUGUUCCCGGGACCCAGGGGGCUGCCCCUUUGUGAUAUCAGCACACUUCCUCCUGAGUGAUCAAAAGACUAGAAGAGAGAGCACUGGAAAGCAGACCUCUGAAGGUGCGAGUGAGUAUUAUGAAAGUUACGUGGAAGACCUGAAGAGACAAGGAUUUCUGCCCCAAGAACACGUUACAGCUGAAGCAACACAGCUGGCGUCGGAGAAACUGCAGGCAUUACUUCUGGAGGAGGUCGUAAGUUCGGGUACGCUGAGCCAGGAGGUGAGCAGUUUGGUGGAGAUGAUCUGGGCGGAAGCCCUGGGCCACCUGGAACACAAGCUUCUCAAGCCAGUGAACAGCAUAAGCCUGAAUGACGUGAGUAAAGCAGAGGGGAUUCUCCUUCUAGUAAAAACAGCACUGAAGAAUGGAGAAACAGUGGAGCAACUGCAAAAGACAAUGGCUGAGUUCUACCGACUGAUACCUCACAAACAUCCAGAAUCAGAAGAAGUCAGCCUGAGGUUGUUAGCUCAGAAAGAGGACCUUUGUCAGCUGGUAAGAGACAUGGUGAAUGUUUGUGAAACGAAUUUAUCCAAACCCAACCCACCAUCUCUCGCCAAAUACCGAGCUUUGAGAUGCAAGAUCGAACACAUUGAACAGGAUACCAAGGAGUUUUCCAGGGUGAGAAAAGAGGUGUUGCAGAGUGCUCACAGUGAAUGUCCAGUAGAUGUCUUGCAAAUAUUUACAGUUGGCAGAGUAAAUGAAGCUACAGAGUUUUUGGGCAAACUGGGUAACACGAGGCCCUUAUUUCAUGGAUCUCCUGUGCGGAACAUGCUUGGAAUCUUGUCCCGAGGGUUGCUCUUACCUAAGGUAGCUGAAGACCGAGGUGUGCAAAGAACAGAUGUUGGCAAUCUGGGGAGCGGGAUCUACUUCAGCGACUCACUCAGCACAAGCAUUAAGUACGCGCAGGCAGGAGAGACCGAAGGCUCCAGACUCCUGGUCGUCUGUGACGUUGCCCUGGGGAAGUGUGUGGACUUGGUCCAGAAGGACUUUUCUUUAACUGAGGCGCCACCGGGCUAUGACAGCGUGCAUGGAGUUUCAGGAACAGCCUCUGACCCUACAGACUUUGAGGACGAUGAAUUUGUUGUAUAUAAAACCAAUCAAGUUAAAAUGAAAUACAUUGUUAAAUUUUGCAUCCAUGGAGAUCAAAUAAAGGACUUUCAUCCUCAUGAAAAUACUGAAUUAGAGGAACAUAGAGCUGAGCCUUCAGAUGUUUCAAAGAUUGAAGAUUUCCAGUUGCCAGACAUCAAGUCUUUCUCCAGUAUCAAAGCUGGCCUUCAGGACGCAGCUGCGAAUGCUGUCCCUCUCGACAGUGUUCACAUCAAAGGAAGAAUAAUAGACUUUGUAGCCCAGGUCAUUGUUUUUCAGACGUACGUGAACCAAAGUCACGUGCCUAUUGAGGCAAAAUAUAUCUUUCCUUUGGAUGAUAAGGCAGCCGUGUGUGGCUUCGAGGCGUUCAUCAACGGGAAACACAUCGUGGGCGAGAUAAAGGAGAAGGAAGAAGCCCAACAGGAAUACCGAGAGGCCAUCAGCCAGGGCCACGGUGCCUACUUGAUGGACCAGGACACUCCGGAUGUUUUCACUGUAAGUGUCGGAAACUUACCCCCUCGGGCUAAGGUUCUCAUCAAAAUCACCUACAUCACGGAACUCAGCAUCCAAAGCCCCGUGGCCAUCUUCUUCAUGCCUGCCACUGUAGCGCCCUGGCAACAGGACAAGGCUUUGAAUGAGAACCUUCAGGACACAGUGGAGAAGAUCUGUGUAAAGGAAAUUGGAGCAAAGCAAAGCUUCUCCCUGGAUAUGUCCAUUGAGAUGCCCUACAUGAUUGAAUUCAUUUCCAGUGACACACAUGAACUAAGACAAAAGAGCACAGACUGUAAAGCUGUAGUUAGCACUGUGGAAGGCAGCUCCUUGGACAGCAGUGGAUUUUCUCUCCACAUUGGUUUGCGUGAUGCGUAUCUCCCAAGAAUGUGGGUUGAAAAACAUCCAGAAAAAGAAAGUGAGGCUUGCAUGCUUGUCUUUCAACCGGAUCUUGCGGCCACCCUUCCCGACCUCCGUGAAAAGAAUGAAGUGAUCAUUUGUCUUGACUGCUCCAAUUCCAUGCACGGCGUGACAUUCAUGCAAGCCCAGCAAGUCGCCCUGUACGCCCUGUCUUUGGUGGGGGAGGAGCAAAAGGUGAACAUUCUGCAGUUUGGCACAGGCUACAAGGAGCUAUUUUCAUAUCCUAAGUAUAUCGUGAGCAACAAAAUGGCCACGGAGUUCAUUACGUCUGCAGCGCCUGCCAUGGGGAACACAGACUUCUGGAAAGUUCUCCGCUAUCUAGGUUACCUGUAUCCUUCUGAAGGGCUGCGGAACAUCCUCCUCAUAUCUGAUGGUCAUCUCCAGAGCGAGAGCCUGACAUUGCAGCUUGUGAAAAGAAAUAUCCAGCACACCAGAGUGUUCACCUGUGCUGUCGGUUCUACAGCAAAUCGUCACAUCUUACGGACCUUGUCUCGGUGCGGUGCUGGAGUAUUUGAAUAUUUUAACUCAAAAUCCAAACAGAAUUGGAAAAAACAGAUAGAAGCCCAAAUGGCCAGGGUGCGUUCCCCAGGCUGCCACUCGGUGUCUGUCAAGUGGCAGCAGCUUAGCAGAGACGCCCCUGAGCCCCUGCAGGCUCCGGCGAGGGCGCCCUCCUUGUUUCACAACGAUCGCCUCCUCGUCUAUGGCUUCAUUCCUCACUGUACGCAGGCAACUCUGUGUGCAGUCAUCCAACAGAAGAAAUUCUGUACAAUGGUGUCUACUACUGAGCUCCAGAAAACAACUGGGACUCUGAUCCACAAGCUGGCGGCUCGAGCGCUGAUCAGAGAUUAUGAAGACGGCAUUCUCCAUGAUGACGAAACCAACCACGAGAUGAAGAAAAAGAUCAUGAAAUCUCUGAUUAUUGAACUCAGUAAAGAAAACUCUCUUAUUACACAAUUUACAAGCUUCGUGGCAGUUGAGAAAAGGGACAAUGAUGAGAUUCCUUUUGCUAAUGUCCCAAGUAUUUCGGAACUUAUUGCCAAAGAAGAUGUAGACCUUCUGCCAUACAUGAGUUGGCAGGAAAAGCAGCCAGAGGCCUUCACAAGGCAGGCAAAGACUGAAACUUUGAGACUAAAGCAAGAUGAAGUCACUAAUGGCAACAGAUUGUCACAGUCCUCAAUCUCCUUUGAAGGGAAUGGAAAGCAAUUACUGCUACGCUCCACUAAAGAAUGUAAAAGAAAGGCUGUAAAGAUGCAUGCUCUAGCCGGUCCUGAAGAUUUUGGAGGCAUGACCUCAGUACCGAAGGCACGUGCCACCGCACAGUCUCUCUCCUUCGACCCACCUCUCAGUGUCCACCCGCAACUGAAAGAUGCGGAACAGCCCCUGGAUCUGAGCCAGAUGGUGGCAAUGAAAAGACCGGGAUCUCGAAGGCUGCUCAAGGCACCCCUUCAUGGAAAUGAGUCUCCUUCCAUGGUUUUUCCCGCUUCCGCAGUCACAGCUGGGUUUUCUUUCCCUUCUCCCCGCAGCUACAGUUCUGCUUUCCUGCCUCCUCUCUCCAGCAUCCCUACCUCUCUUCCUCCUCUCUUUGGUAGCACCCUUCUUCCCCCUCUCCCUGGUGGCACCCAUCCUCCUCCCCCUCCUCCUCCCUUUGGUGGCACCCAUCUUCCUCUUUCUCUUCCUCUCCUUGGUGGCACCCCUCCUCCUCCCCCUCCUCCUCUCCUUGGUAGUAGUCUUCCUCCCCCUGGUGAUACCCAUCCUCUUCCCCCUCCCCUUCCCCCUGGUGGCACUGCCCAUCUUUCUCCUCCUCCUGUAGGAUUCAGCCCACCUAAGUCAAAUCUAUUAAAGCUCCGCCAAAGCUGUAAGCUUGCCGUAGGUACUACUUUCUCCACUGGCUUCUCUAGUUCAAAGGAUUUCGAUCCAGAUAAAGUUUCCCAAGACUCCAAUAUCAUCUUUUCUCCCAAAACCCCUGAGCUGGAUUCUCUUCACAAGUCACCUUUUCGCAGUCCUCCCAAGCCACCUUCUGUCAGUCCUCUUCUUACCGGGGAUCAUAGCUCUGAUCCCUCUUCUCUUCAGUUUCAAAGUGCCGAAGUCCCUCCGAGCCCUAAUUACAGGAUUUCACAUCUCAGAAGGGAUUCGCUUGAAUCUGCUUACGGAUUAGCUGCUGGUGACAGCACUCUGUCAUCAGACUUCAUUCUAGAAGAGGUUUUGGCUGCCUCAUUGGAUAGAAGUUCUUUUGAAACAGAAACAGAAGAUGAUGCGGAAGAUGUCCUCUGUGAUGAAAGCCGGGAGAGCCCUGUGUCGUGGACUUCACUCUUUGCUCUACAAACCGAGGAUGGUUUUUGGAAACUGACACCAGAACUAGGACUUAUACUAAAACUUAAUGUAAAUGUUCUACACAAUUUUCUUGAGGAAAAGGGCAUUCGAUCUCUAGGUACAAAAGGAAAAGAACUUCUCCUAGACCUGAUUGCCACUCUGCUGGUACUACAGUUUCUUCACACCAAGUUGGAACAAGAAGGAAUGGUUGCCAAAUCGCUGAUAAAGAUGGAUGACGCCUUCAUUUCCAGGAAUAUUCCAUGGGCUUUUGAGAACAUAAAGAAAGCAAGUGAAUGGGCCAGAAGAACAGAAGGGCAAUAUCCGUCUAUCUGCCAACGGCUUGAGCUGGGUAAAGACUGGGAGUCAGCCACAAAGCAACUACUGGGAAUCCAGCCCCAAGCCAACACUUCUCUUCACAGAAUUCUACACUACAAUCAAGGCUGACUCCACUGAAAUUGCUUUUUUUUUUUUUUUUAAACCUUUCUUAAUUUCUUUUGGUGGUGGUGGUGUUCGGUUUUUUUCAAGACAGGGUUUCUCUGUGUAGCAUGGCUGUCCUGGAACUCAGAGAUCCACCUCCCAAGUGAAUCAGAGGCGUGCAUCAGCACCGCCCCACUGCCAUUCUCAUGUAUCUAUGUAGAAAAUAAUCAAAUAGUAAAAGGUACCAACAAAGACA